AUGCCUAAGCGGUCGUCCAGUGUGAUUCCUCGCUUUGCAGACCACAACGAGCCAGAUCAAAAGAAUCUGAGGGUCUACUCAUCGGCAUAUUCUGUUGAGUCCGAUACACUUCUACCCCUUGGUAUAUUUGACCCCAACCGCAUCUCAAAACGCAACACGCAACGAGUCCCAGCCUCUGCCAAUGCUGCGGACAUUGUCCGAAUCCUGAAUGUGGCCUGCCGUUAUAUAGUCUUCAAGUCUAGCUCACCCAGGCUCAGGCUGGUCGCAUCAAACGCGGAGAUUGACCCUAUCCUCCACAAGCCAAAUCCUGGAUUAACAAAUUGGUAA